AUGUGGAGUCCGCUCCGCGUCGGGCUAUUCGCCGCUGCUAUCUGUUCUAUUAACGGGCAAUAUGCGGCGGCCACUCAACACCAGGACUUGGAUGGUCGCAACUCACGGAGCGCAUCAAUAACUGUUCGAGUGUCGGAUGGCGACCAGCCAGCAUGUGUCAAGCCUUGCCUUGACAAAAUUCUAUCGCAAUACGAAUGCAGCAUAGAGAGGCCCUGCUACUGUGAAAACCUCAAACUGGCCGACGCUCUUGAUAUAUGUCUCUCAGCGACAUGUGAGCUCUCGGACUACCUGGGAUCACAAAGAUCAUAUGCAGGUACCUGCGACAAGCAACCGCGGAACCGAGCCCGGCAUACCCGAGAGCUAUGCUGGUCGAUGUUUACAAUUGCUACAAUUGUCAUCGCUGGCCGGUUCGUCGCCCGCAUGCGAUCUCUGGGAGGCAGCGGUUUUGGCUGGGACGAUUAUGUUGCAUUCAUGACCUACGCCCUCCUAGUCCCCACAGACAUAACUUCCGAGUUAGAAGUGCGCAAUGGCUUUGGCAUGGACAUGUACCUCCUCACAAUGGAGCAGAUUCUCGUGCUCAUGAAGUCAUUUUAUGUUGGUGAGGUUCUCUACGCGCUGAUCAUUGUCAUGACCAAGAUCUCCCUCGUCCUACUGUACCUUCGAAUCUGGCCCGCGGAUUCAGUGACUCGGAAUUUCCGACGUAGUUGCUGGGCUUUAGUCGCCGUACUUGCAGCAUUCUGCCUCUCCGGGUUUCUUGCUCUGGUUCUCCAAUGCAAUCCAGUCAACUAUGUAUGGCUUCAGGUGACGGGUAUAGAAGGAACUUGCAUCAACCUGGAAGCUCUAAUCUAUGCACACGGGGCGAUAAACGUUUGUUUUGAUAUCGUUGUGAUAUUGCUACCCAUCCAUGUCCUCACAAAGAUGAAGCUGCCAUACACAAAAAAGGCCGGUCUGAGUGCUGUCUUUCUGGUGGGAUUUCUGGUGACGAUAUGCUCGCUCAUUCGGCUGCAAUACGCUUCACUGGCCGUUAAAACCAAGAAUCCUACAUGGGACCUCCAUCCGAUAGGUACAUGGAGUCUCAUAGAAGCCAAUUUCAGUGUCGUGGUGUGUUGCAUGCCCGCACUGACAGGCUUGAUCCAGAGGACCUGGACAAAGUCUUUCGGAACACCGCCUCAAAUGGGUUAUUCCAUGGUUUCUGGGGACGAGGCAUGGCAGGAGAGAAGUCGUUCCGCGGUGCGGCCCUCGACCAACCCAGAGAUGGUGCUUGAACAGUGGGAGUCAGACGCAGAACGGAAUCGAAAGACGCAAAUCGAAGACCAAGUCACGAAAUAG